AUGACUAUUAAACUUAUUGGAUAUUCAAGUUCACCUUCUACCCUUAGGGUAAUUGCGACAUUAAAUGAAUUGGGUGUUACUGAUUAUUCCUUGGCUCCUCCAGAAAAUUUUUCAGAUCUCAAGAGUCCAGAAUUUUUGGCUGAAAAAAAUCCAUUUGGAAAGAUCCCAGUUCUCAUUGAUGAUGGUUUUACUAUCUACGAAUCUCGUCCAAUCGCUCGUUACAUAGUCGCCAAGUAUCAAGGAAAAUAUAACAAAAAAAUUUUAAUUCCUGACGAUAUUCAAAAAGCCGCUCUUGUUGAUCAAUAUGCUUCGGCAGAAUCAUGUUAUUACGAUCCACCACUCGCUACCAUUAUAUUUCAAGAACUUUUUAAAGGUUUAGGUGGUGGAGGUGGACCAGAUGCCGAGUUAGUAAAUACACAACUUGAAAAAAUCGCCAAAAUACUUGAUAUUUACGAACGAAUAUUGGAAGGGAAACAAUUUUUAACCGGAAGUGACAUUUCACUUGCAGAUAUUUUUCAUUAUCCAACUACAGCUUAUACUGCCAAGAAACAUAAAGAUUUGUACGAGAGUAGACCUAAUGUUAAGAGAUGGAUUGAUAAUAUCGCCAAGAGUGAAGGAGUGAAGAAAACCUUCGAAGAUUACCCAGUUCCUCAAUUUUAA